CGACGUGGCUACGUAAUUCAGCACAUGCGCACUUUCAGCCCUUAUACAGCCCUUUCUAUGCCUAGCGUUGAACGACUAGCAUCAAACGAGCAUCAAGAUGCAGCUCUUCUUGCGUUCCCAGAGCACUCACACCCUUGAGGUGACCGGACAGGAGACAGUUGGCCAGAUUAAGGCCCAUCUCCAGGGUCUCGAAGGUUUCCUGGUUGAGGAUCAGGUGCUGUCCCUUGCUGGGUGCCCACUGGAAGAUGAUUCUUCCCUGGCAUGCUGUGGAAUCUCCGAGAACUGCACCCUGGAAGUAGCUGCUAGGCUGCUCGGAGGUAAGGUUCACGGAUCUCUGGCCCGUGCUGGAAAAGUGAGGGGACAGACACCCAAGGUUGAGAAGCAGGAGAAGAAAAAGAAGAAGACCGGCCGUGCUAAGCGUCGCAUCCAGUACAACAGACGCUUUGUGAAUGUGGUGCCCACCUUCGGAAAGAAGAAGGGACCCAACGCCAACUCCUAAGUGCACCAAUGCUUAACGGGAGGAAAACGACCACCGCUCUUUUUUGACCAGGCUUAAUGUUAUCUUUCUGUACAGAAUAAAUAUUUGGCUUGGAAAAAA